CAUCUUCCCUCAAACAUGGCCCUGAGCAGAGAGAUGUUUUAUUUUGGGUUUGCUUUGUUCUUCAUUGCAGUCCAGUGGCCAUCAGGGUCCUGGGCAGGACUUGAGUAUUCCCAGUCAUUUCCAGGAGGUGAAUUUGCUGUGUGUGAGACGUGCAGGCUCGGUCGGGGGAAAUGCAGGAAGGUGUGCCUGGAUAGUGAGAAGAUUGCAGGAAAGUGCAAGCUGAACUUCUUCUGCUGCCGGGAGAGGAUCUGA